CCCAACACGACAAACUGUCCGACACUCACAGAUCUGUUAUACAAUGUUACAUUUGGGAUGGCUCCAUGAGCUGGGCAAACGCCUGGAGAUGCCCUACGUCAACAACACGGUCGGCGGCCCGUCGGUGCGCAGGUCGUACAUCGCCGCCCUCUACUUCACCCUCAGCAGCCUGACCAGCGUCGGCUUUGGCAACGUGUGCGCCAACACGGACGCCGAGAAGAUCUUCUCCAUCUGCACCAUGCUCAUCGGCGGUCCGCAUGGAGCUGGAGGGGGCGUGGCUGAAAAUCGGGAGAUUUUCGGGAGAAUAUUUGUCCCGGGAGGUUUUCGGGAGAGGCGCUGAAUUUCGGGAGUCUCCCGGAAAAUUCGGGAGGGUUGGCAAGUAUGCUGUAUUGGAGUGAGAACUAGAGUUUCCUCCCUCACAAACAUAUACUUUAUCUUCCCAUACAAAAUGAUAUUCCAUAAACCUGUCUCUUCUCGAAAAUUCACUAAAAUGUUCUGGUUGCAGCUUUGUAACGUUUGACGAGUAAUCUCCUUCUGUCCAUGUCUUCUAACUUCCUUUCUUAGUUUUUUCUCCUUUCUCUACUGCAUUUCCCACAAUGAAUGAUUGCAUGUUCCACUGACUCUAUCUCUUUAUCUCAUGGCAGCUGUCACACAAUCCUGUUGGGUGUUUACUUCAAAGGUGCAAUGUCUUAUUCAGUCUGAAGUGUCCUAAUCUAAUGCGUGAUAUGAUUCCUUCCUCUUUUUGUGUUCGCCCUUACAGUUCUUCAUGUUGCUACUGUGUUCAUAUACGUGUUUUCCUGUUGUACCGGUACUCAUGUCCCAUUGCGAUUGCCACAAAUAUUUCCAUUUAAUUAAUGAUUUUGCCUCUGUCUUACUGAGAGAUACCUCUGUGAGCUGCUUAAGCAUUAGUGUCUGCCAAUUCAUUGCCCU